AUGUGGAGUCGGACCAAUGCCACUCGCAGCGGAACCCCUUCAGUAUCAUCUCUGAGAGUCAUCGACAAUGUCCUAUGGACGCACCCUGUAGGACCGGAUACCCUGAUCAGCGUCAUCACCAUCCAAGUGGCCUUUACAUCGCAAAAUAUCAACUGGAAUGCAAUCCUCGUCCCUGACAGCAGAGGUAAAUACACUUCAAACCAGCUUCCCCUUCACACCAUGUUCCUGUCAAGAAAUGUAUCACUGGACAGUCCUGUCCUGCAGAUGCUGCUCUGUUCAUGUCUGGACCUGAAUCUCAAAGACACUUUCGGUCGUACCGCCAUGCACUGCCUCAUGAACCGGAUACACUCGAAUGUGUCCCACUCGAGUCCUUGUUCGAGUCGACCCCAGGAUUUCGACGUGACGGUCGGCUGCGUGGAAACGUUGGUGAGAGGCGGUGCGGAUAUAAACUGCUCGGAUGGGUCAGGACAGACACCCCUGCAUCUAGUGGCCUUCUAUAACAUCCCAUCUUGCGUAACCGUUCUGGUAGGGUUCGGUGCGGAAGCAGAUGCAAGGGACAUCAAUGGGAAUUCCCCGCUUCACGUCUGUGCUAUGUUCUGCCACGCGGAGACCCUGACGGCACUUCUUGAUCAUGGCGGGAAUCCGAUACUAGGGAACGCCCGAGGAGAAACACCCCUGCACAUCGCAUCCAAGAACUAUGCUCAUUCGGGUCUUGGGUGCAUCAAGCUUCUUCUCCCUGUUGUGGAUGACGUCAACCAACCCGAUAACGAGAUGAAUACUGCACUUCACUUAGCCGUCAGUAUCUGUACCCAGACCGAUAUCAUAACUCGCCUUCUAGGUCGAGGUGCCGACCCGGAUCUUACAAACACACAGGGCAAGUCGGCGCUGUUCAUGUAUCUUAACAGCAACGUUGUCGAACAGCAACAUCAGCCUGUCCUGCGGCCGUCUCGUUUCCAACGCAUCAGGCUUCCUGACUUGGGAAAGAACAUCCGUCAUUCGGCCGGUUUCUGUCUACUCAUGGACCAUACGACUUACAUCAGGAUCACAGACAAGGAUGGCCGACUCCCGAGACUGUUGACUCUUCCCGAAGCGUUCGACUUGAGUUGUUGGUUGCAUCGUCUUGCCAGGACGCCCCGAUCACUUGCGUACCUAUGUCGCCAAUCUGUAAGGAGAGCUCUCAGGCCGUAUCGGAUUAGCCAGGACGUCUGCAAGGCUUUAGAACUUCCCCGACAACUUGAAGAGUAUAUUAUCACACCAGUGUACAAGAAGGACUGCUUUGCCCCUUGGGCACACGAUUCACAGAACUCUUAA